GUUAUUUUAGUUUUUAGUGUUAAUAAUCUUCAUUUCUUUGCAUAAUUUGAUAUAUUAUGACACUAUUUGUAUGUUGAUGAAAUUAUUGUUGAGAUUUUAUUUUGUGGGUGGGUGUGUUUUUUAAGUAAACUCAUGUGCGGUGCUUUUUGGUCAGACAGAAUUAUGCUUAUUGUUGAUUACAUUUAAUGGAAUUUAUUUUGUAUGAUAUUUUGCGCGAUUAAUGGUGAUAUCAUGUGCUUUAAAUGAGAUUGGUGUAACAUUGAGCAGAUAAUUUGAUGUUUUAGUUGGAAGUUGUGAAUUAUUGUACGGAUCUGGAUUUUAUCUUUGGUUGUUUGGGAUUAUUCAAGGUGAUUUUGUGUUUUUGGUAAUCAAAUCAUAGAGACUGAAAUGUGUUCAAUUUGUAAUGUAAUUUGUGGGUUAUGUUGUGCUUAUGAGAUCUAUUGAUCAUCUUGAAAUUCAUGGCUUCAAUUUCAAUGAGUAGGAGUGAUUUGUAAAUGAUAUGCUUUUAGGCUUGGGUGAUAUUCUGGUCAGCUAUAUGUUACUCGGACUCGGGUAUUUGUACCAAACGUGGGUACGUGUCAUAGUGUCCGACACUCUGAUCCGGUUAUUGUAUGGUUUUUUUUAUGAUUUUGGCCCAGAAUGAAGUGUGGAAGUGUCCGAAAUGAUGUCACACGGGUAUAUGAGGUAGUUCGAGUAACGUAGCUGGAUAGGUGUGAUGGUGCAUGUUUGCUGGAUUGGAUGCUGGGUUUCAGAUUGAGUUCUUGUUGUUUUAAAAUGAUUGAUGGCUGCUGCAGAAGCAAGAGCAGCUUGGCAAAGAGCAGCUAACCGUUACUUUGUCCAAGAAGAUGCUAAAAGAGCUCCCAAAUUAGCCUGUUGCCAAUCUUCAACUUCAUCAUCCAAAGUGGUCGAUGCAGGACCUGCUAAUACUGCCGAUGCGCCGCAUCGAGUUGUAGGUCGUAUGCCUUUCAAUAGUAUACCUUCAUAUUCUAAUUUGCCUCCUGAUGCAAAAUGGUGGCUCCAAAUGCAACCGAAUAACGAUCAUCAAAGAGGCCCUAACUUUCAGCAAGUUGAUGCUGGGAUAGCUGAUGUGGAAUCCUCUUCGCCUGUUAAAAUGAAUGCUGAUUUGCCAAUCAGAGAAAUGGCUACAAUGAGUGAGGAAAGUAUAAAGGAUGUUCUUUACAAGGACCUUGAAUCGUUUAUGGAUGUGAAGAAACAUCCUGAAUCAAGAUUGGACGAACUGAAUGUUGUUGAUAGUAAUAAGGUGGAUCAAGAUUUUCUUGAAGUAAAGAACAUGACAGAUUAUUAUGAGUAUCUGGAAAUGGAGAUGGUUGGUAGCUCAGUAUCUAAACAAACCAGUGAAUUUUCUUCAAAGACAGAUUCUUCUUGGAUUGGGGGAGAGAAUGUUCCUUGGUGGCGUGUGACGGAUGGGGAGGAUUUGGCCUCGUUUGUGGCGCAGAAAUCGUUUCACCAUGUUGAGAAUUGUGAUCUUCCUCCCCCUCAAAAAAUACAUCAAAGAAAGGAGGGGGAGCUGUAUAAACAGGCCAAGUCUAUUGACCAUGAUACAGUUUUUAUGUCAUCUUUAGAGUGGGAGUCUCGGAGUGAUGCUAUUUCCAGUCCAUCUUCUGCUGCGUCACAUAGAAAACAUUGGUCUUCAGUACAAGGACUGUCUCACACUGGACAUGCAGCUUCUAAACCUAUGAGUGGCAGAAAAAAUAGUGGCAUGCCAGAAGAAGAAAAGAUCACUGAUGAUGAUCCUUGCAAGGCUAAGCUAUUGGAAGCACUCUGCCAUUCUCAAACUCGUGCUAGGGUAGCAGAGAAUGCAGCCAAACAAGCCUACACCGAGAAAGAGCACAUUCUCAAGCUCUUUUUCCGACAAGCUUCUCAACUCUUUGCUUAUAAGCAGUGGUUCAAAAUACUACAAUUGGAGAACCUUCUCCUACAGACUGAGGAUGACUUGUCACCUCCCCCUGCUGAAUUACUUCCAUGGAUGGCCCAAAAACCUCGGAAAAAACUGCAUAAAAGCUGGCAGAAGGCAACUAAAGGUAAGCGACGUAGGAGAGACUCACAAGAAAACGACAUUGGUAAAUAUGCUGUUGCUUUUGCUGUGGGCUUCACUCUCGUUGGGGCGGGGUUGAUUCUGGGAUGGACAGUUGGGUGGUUGUUACCGGCUUUCUAGGAGCGAUGCCUUGUUUUGAAGAAUUGAAGAAGCAGAGCAGUCAGAUUAGGUUUCAUUUGGUGGUACACAUAUAAUAUGCUUAGGUUUUUAGCAGUUUGGAGAUUUUUCUUAAAGAUGGAUCUCUCUGUUCUUGUAUUUAUAAUGUUUGUGUGUAAUGUAAAUAUGUAAAUAUUGAAGGUUAGAAGAAGUUAAAAGUGACAUUUUGUAACAUCUUUCUACAUUUCAAGGUAAUGUACAAUGUCUUUGAGGUAA